AUGAAAGAAGAAAAUAAACAUGAAGAUGUUCAAUUCCAGGUGUAUGAACAAUAUCUGGGAGAGGACCAAAAAACAGAUGAUUAUUAUGACAUCAACAUGAACAUUAAUGAUGAAAAUAUUUCAAAUUUCGCGUCCAUGAAAUUUUCGAAUCUUGAAAGGGAGUUCCAGAUGAUUUAUAAAUAUCCUGCAAAAGAUGGGUCCAUAUAUAGCUCGAAUGAAAAUGAAACUGAUUUGAAAAACGAGAAUGAAAUGAAGUCGGACAUGAACAUAUCAGGUAGCUUUUACCAAGAGGAGAGGGAUAACAAAAAUAAAUUCCAUAAUGCAUGCACUAGUGCAUGUACAAACGAAUUUUCAAACGAGCUUCCAAUUGAGUAUCAUGAUAUAUUUUCGAAUGAUAAUCCAAACAAAUAUGAGAUCGAAUGUCCUAACGGAUUUUCAAGCUCCCGCACGGGAGAUAACAACAAAGCAAAAACAAAUUCCGUCGAAAAAAAUUUGGAAAGUAUCCAAGAUGACACAGUUGUUAGAAACAGUAAACUGGUUGAUGUGCAUAUGAGGCGGAGCGGUCUUGAUGAUGUAAAUAUGAAACGAAGUGAGAUCCAGAAUUGUCCCAUCCCUAGAAAGGACAACACAACGAAUAGAAGUAUCGAUUACAAGUACAGAAGUAACAAUAGGGGGAGCUUUUUUCCCGGUGGAAAUUCUUCAAAAAACACUGCUUACAUUUGGUGGAAGGACAAGAAGCUUUCCUUUAGCUGGAUGGGUUCUAUGAAAAAGGAAGAAAUAAAAAACUGCGUUUAUAAUUUUUGUAUGAAUAUUGUUAAUGAUGAAUUUUGUUUAAUGCGCCUUGAAAAGUUAAGCGACAAAAAUAUAUGUAAGGAGGAUGAAAAAAAUUUAAAAAAAUUUAAAAAUGGAAAAAAUAUCAUUUCGUAUUAUAAAAUUUGUGAGUCUUAUGAUUAUGACGACCUAGGAUAUAUACAAACAAAUGAAGAGUAUAUGGUAAAAAGGAGAACUGAGAUUAGCGAGAUUAGUGAGAUUAACAAGAUUAGUGAGAUUAACAAGAUUAACGAGAUUAACGAGAUUAGCGAGAUUAGCGAGAUUAACGAGAUUAGCGAGAUUAACGAGAUUAGCGAGAUUAACGAGAUUAACAGGAUUAGCGAGAUUAACGGGAUUAACGAGAUUAACGGGAUUAGCGAGAUUAACGGGAUUAGCGAGAUUAACGGGAUUAGCGAGAUUAACGGGAUUAACAAAAUUAACGGGAUUAGCGAGAUUAACGGGAUUAACAAAAUUAACGACAAGUUGGACCAUCCGCUAAACUUUUCGGAAGCGUUAAGAGCAAUAGAAUAUGCAAAGGAAGGAGGGAAUUUACUGAAACACACAGUUUUUAAUAUACCCCAUUUACGUUAUAUUUUUUUGAGUAAAAACUUAAAGUUCAUUAAAUGGUUUUCGACAAGGAAGUCAGAUGAAGAUUGCAAAAUAUAUUUUAAGAACAUAGAUAGCUUGGAGUUAAAUAUUAUUGAUGAAAAAUUAUUUGAAAAUUAUAGAAUGGAUUUAUUAAAAAAACUGUCUUUUUGUAUUAUUUAUAAUAAUCAAAAAAAAAAAAUUAUCUUAACAUGCAAAUGUCUUCAAGAAUUUAACUACUGGGUUAUUGCUAUCCGAGCUCUCAUGUUUCAUUCGAAGAAGUUGAAGAUCAGUAGAAGGAUGCUCUUGUCUCACCUGAGUGUGUUUGAUGGGGGCCUAUCCCACGAGAAGGCACCAAGUGUGGGCUCAUGCCCUACGAACGCUGCUGAUAUUGACACAUACCCUACCGUAGAACCGAAUAAACUGUGUGAGCUUAAAAACCGCAGCAAAGAGGAAAAGAAAAGAAGGGAAACGUUGGAAUCUUUGGAGAAAUUUCACCUGUACAAGUUAAUAAGUUUUCCCCACUACAAUAUUUAUCAAAUAAAGACAAAAUUUUUUUUACUGAAAGAAAAGUUUUAUAAGUACAGAAUUUUAAUUGAGGAGGAAUUAGAUGAAUAUAAUUUCAAUAAUGAUGACCUUCAUAAUAGUCAAGUUCAAAAUGGGAUUAAUCAAAUUAAUCAUAAUAAAGAUAUGAAUAAUCAAGUGGCACAUGAAAAUGGUGUAAGGCUACUACGUUGUAAUGAAAGCACUACAGGACGAAGCAAUGAUGAUCAUAUCAAUGAUCAUAUAAAUGUAGACUGUUUAAGUUGUUACUCCUGUGCAGGGAAUACAAACCGAUAUGAUGCAGUCCCUCCUGAAGGGUGUAGAAUUAACGAGAAUGUCAAAUGGGAAAAGGGAAAGGAUAAUUGUAACAAUGAAAAAAAUAGAAGCAGUGAAUUACCUUAUCAGGAAUAUGACAAAAUAAGUACAGAAGGAAACGGGUGUACAGUGGACAAAGCAAUAACUGCACAUGCACAAAAUGGAUACCCACGAAGUAGAGCUAUCACUAAAAGUCAAGAUAUAUGUAUGUUAAAUAAAGAAGGAAUUCUAAAUAUGCAUACAGGCAAGCUAGUAAAUAUAGUACCACAUGAAAUAGAGUACACCCGAUCGCACACUUUAGAGGAGGACCAAGUAGAAGAGGACUCAGACGAAUUUAAACUUCUACUCAUUGUUAAGAUAUUCAACAGAAUUGAUGAAAAACUUAAACUUAUACAGCAUAGUAUUAUGCAUGUUGUUAAGGCGUUAAAAAGGGAAGAGGAAGGGGAAAACUCAAUGGAGGAAAAGGUUGAACAGGAGGAUGACAAUGGGGAUGAUAAAGAAUCCGACGAAAUGGAUGAUGAAACAUUUGACGAAACGGAGGAGAGACAAAAGGAAGCACAAUUUUUUUCGGUUGAGAAUAUUUUGAAAUGCACCACGGAUGUUUACAGAAUGAUAGAAAGUAAACUUACAAAAGGAGAAAACUGCACUAGUUCUCUAGGUUUUGCAAGUAUAAAUGCCCAUAUGGACAAUAUGAUGAAUGUUCACAAUAAGGCCAAUAAAAAAGACGAAAUUUAUGUAAACAUUUUUGGAAAAUGUGAAGUAUACAAAAAGAUUUUUAGUAACUCCCUUUCGAAUAUUAAAAAUGGUAUGUAUAAAAAUAAUAAGUCUGAACAAACUGUAGAAGAGAAAAAAGAAGACUUAAGAGGAGUAGCGCACACACGAGAGGGGAUGAAUGGUGGUACCACAACUGCUGUAAGAACAAUGGGAAGCAAAGGUAAUGCCAAAAAAAAUAUAUCCAGGAGGUUAAUACAGAGUAUCUUAUUCGAUAUGUGGUUAUGUGAAAUGGAGUUAGGAAACAUAGAAGAUAUAUAUGCCAUCUACAUUUACAAUUCAAAAAAAAAAAAAAAAAUUUUUACAAAUCUUGACGCAUCCAAUUUUUUAAAGAAUAUAUCACAGCAAGUAUCUACCACAUUUUCGAAAUACGUAAAAUUUUCAAAUCCAUCAUAA